UCUUAAGAGGGACAACAGAAAAAAAUCUGUGUUUUUAACUUUUUUUGGUUAAAAAGUUUAAGACUAAGAACAAAAACGUUUAAAAAAACAAAAAAAAUAUAUAAAGCCCAUUUAACAAACGAACAGAAUUUUUUUUUGACAAUCGGAACCCAACGGAAAAUGAUACCUGCAGGGGGGAUGCAAAUGGCCAAGAACCGGAUUUUGGUACUUUUGAAAAACAACAUAAAGAAAAAAGGCUUUACGACAAUCGUUACGACGUACGUUUAUGACCUCGUACAACCAGAUUCCACGUUUGCAAGAUCCGAAACAAAUUUUGGCAGAACGCGCAGGUCAGUCAUCCCGAAAGCUUCGAUAAACCCACAUCAGAGGACCAAGCUGGUACUACUUUAAGUAUGGUUUACAGUAGGCUGAUUAAGAUUCUACUCACCGUAACCCUUCUGGCCUACUACCGAGGUUGCUCUUCCCACCAUUUGCAUCACCAUGCGUACCACCACUCCAAGUAUCUCUACGCACCCCAACCGAACACGGUCAUCUGCCUGCGAACGGUAACCCAACCCACCGUUACGGAAACGGUUCCGAUAACAAACUUUGCCACCGUCACGAAUACCGCGAACACUUACACCUUCAUCACGCCCAGCCCGAUACUACUGACCGAAACGUCCACCAUUACACUUGCCACUACGAUCUCCACCAUUACGCCGAGUACGACCGUUACCAGCACCACGACGAGUACGGUCACCUCGACACCACCGCUCGUACCAACUACUGUCAGCACCACCAACACCAUACUCAUGUCGUCCACUGUCGUUGUACAGACGACGAUCACCACCACCUCCACCAGCUCGAUUAUUUCGACCAGAACUUCCAGAAUCCCUAUGUGCAAUUAGUGAUGUGCUUGGCCAUUGGUGAAAUGUCAAU